AUGGCCUCCACCCAGAAUACGCCAGUCCCAUCCGAAAAUGCGUCUCCCGCUCCUUCCGACCCUCCUCCUGGGCCGUCUUCACCCCCGCAGCCCACCACACCUCCGCCGAAUCCUCAACCGUCGCAACCGCCCCCAAGUCCUUCGCCUUCAAACCCUCCGCCUCCGCAACCUUCGACCCCACGGCCGCCUUCCCCGAGUAACCCGCAACCGCCUCCCCCUCCUUCUCCCUCUUCCCAAGCCCCAGGUCCCACUCCUCCUCCUCCUUCGGAGCCCUCAUCUCCUCCGCCCAAUCCUACCCGGACCGCGGGUUCGGAUAACAAUACAACCAUAUUCAUCACCUCCACCGCUUCAAGAGCACCGCCACCUGGCACUGGAGUGCCCAAUUCAAACGGAUCUGGAACACCAUCGGUGCUCCCUCAACCAUCCACCGGUGGUUCAGGCUCGGGAGGCCUGUCAGCUGGUGGCACUAUUGCCCUCGCCGUUGUCCUUCCCGUCGUCUCGGUGGCGCUGAUCAUUCUUCUCAUCCUAUGGUGGUGGAGGAAACGGAAGGCUAGAAAAAUCGCGGAAGAGGAACGGAAGCAAGAAAUCGAAGAGUACCGCUUCAACCCCAACAACGAUCCCCUCUUGCCUGCAGUGGGUAAUUUCGAUGAUGGCGCCCUCCCGAAAGAUGGAAACAACGGAGGAUAUCGCGGUUGGGGCACAACCAACGCUACGUCUCGGAAGCUGUCAACCAAUCUAUCAAGCGGCGCUGGCGGAAUAACCGCCUCAGAUAAUGGCAGCAACCCAGGCCCUCCGAGACCGGUAUCUCCUCUAGACGACUCCAUCCCCUACGAGGAUGACCACAGGCCCGUAUCGGGUGACUAUUCAGGGCUUGACCCCGCUGCUGCCGGUAUGCUCGCUCACCCUAACAGUAACCCCAACGCCAACUCUCGCGAUAUCCGCCGCGGCCCAUCGAAUGCUUCAUCGGCUUACUCCAAUGCGAACCGUUCGGACGUGUCGGAUGAUCUCCCUAUACCUGGCGGCGCACCCGGCACGGCCCAGUAUUAUGAUGACCCCUACUACACUGACGGAGCUGGGCAGCCCGGCGGUGCUUUUGCGGAAAAUCCAUAUAACGCGCCUCCCGUGAUCCGCGAUGUACAGGCAAGACGGAAUACGCGAAUCGAAAACCCGUCCGUAUUUCCGCAACAGGGGAAUGCGGGCAUAGCGCAGAAUUUUUAA